GAAACUGAGAGAAGGACGAAACUCGAUUAGAACCUUCACACAAACAUUGGGCAUAGCCAAUAAAUACAAUUUGGAAUGUCCUGGAAAAACAAAGAAAGUACUUCUGUACUGAGCAACAGACAUCAAACAGGUCGGUCACGAAUAUCGACAGCAGUUGAUGAAAGAAAUGUUGUGAGAGCUGUGAAGGAGGACCCAAAGACAACAAUCAGUGCCAACCUCCACAGGGGAGUGAAGGUAUCACAAUGCAAAAGUGGUUUGCAAAAAGAAGACCAGACUGGAUUUUCCAGAGAAGCAGCAAGAUGAGCCACAAGUUUUGGAACGUUUUGUGGACUGAUGAGACCGAGAUUAACCUCUACUCAAAAGAUGGCCUUUAUUAAUGAUGUAACUCAUGAAACCACUUUGUCUGGCAAAUUAUAGAAAAAGGCUUCCAAAUUCCCUUCUCCAAACCUACUAAUUUCAGCCAUACAAGAAGCUGUGUGCAUAAAAUGUGUUUUAGAAUUCUUGAUCAUUGUGUAUUUUGGAGGCGGUGCAGGUUGGUUCAGCUGGAAAGUUCUGAGGCUCCUGGAUUCAAUCCCGGAUCGGCCUAUGUAGAGUUUGCAUGUUCUUCCCGUGCCUGUGUGGGUUUUCUUCGGGCACUCCGGUUUCCUCCCACAUCCCAAAAACAUGCAUUAUUAAUUGGACAUUCCAAAUUGCCCCUAGGUGUGAUUGUGAGUGCGUGCGGUUGUUUGUCUCGAUGUACCCUGCGAUUGGCUGGCAACUAGUUCAAGGUGUACCCUACCUCCUGCCCAUUUGACAGCUGGGCUAAGCUCCAGCACUCCGCGACCCUUGUGAGGAUAAGCGGCUCAGAAAAUGGACGGAUGGAAGAAGUUUGGUGCAUAAAGUUUAAUAGAAUUCUUAAUCAUUGUGCAUUUUGAUGAAAGGCUGUCAGUAAAAGUACCUAGGGACUUUUUUUAAAUUGUGAAAAAUAUUUGGACAGUAAGUCCCUUUUGAACAGACUUCAAGGAAAUGAUAAAAGCAAGUACAGAAUGUUUGUUGCCCUCUAGUGAUCGAAGACAACACAUGACUGUCAUGAGGUUCCGUUUUUCUCACGCACCGACAACUUAAACCUCCAUGCCGGGCGGCGUCGCUGUUUGACGGCUGCCGUCCUCCCUCCCUCCGUGGCGGUUUUCCCUCGCAUCCAACAAACCCCAGCGAAAAGGCUUUGAAGGUUGAAUGAGGCGAAAACCUGCGGGAGCAGCCAGGGGCUACCUGGCGCGAUAAGUGGGGAAAGAAGCGACCGACGCCGCCCCCUCCUAGGCGGUCCGCAUCGCGGCUCUCCCUUCCCUGAACUGACCCCCGCCAAGGUCCUCCUCCUCUUCCGUGGGAGCAAGAGACAGUGGAAUGACCACCGCACACACGCGCACGGAUACUCAUUAGCAAACCUAUUUGAAAAAGUUGGCGUUUACUCGGCGAUGAGACAAAAUGCGGCGCGGUUAUUUCGUGGCUCCACGUCAAGGUCAGAAUCUGAGUGGUGACGACGCCACCGCCGCCGCCGCUGCUGCCGCUUCGCGAGCGACUUUGUCCGGAAGGGGACGGAGAGGAGGUGCGAAGGGGGAUGCCGCUGCGUUUCGUUUGUCUCCAGCAUCAACGAUGACACCUUUCCCCGGAGAGGACAUAUGCGCUCGCUGCUAAGUCACGCGGAGUAAACUUGUUUGAAAGCCGCCCCCCCCCCCACCACCACCCCAAAAAGGGAGACUCGUUCAGACUUUUAAAAUUGUCGUUCUUGUGUUACGUUGACGUUUCCUGCUUCCACCCUUCCACGGCCCAAGGCUGCUCACCUGGCUAGCCAAGACUCCCUCCACCGGCUAGCUAACCUCCCCCGGUUCCACGCCUUCUACGCUCGGUGGAUUCAUGUGGCGAAGCUCGAACCAACGAAUGGUCCAACUUGCUUAAACUUCAGAGGCGCCUCCACCAACUCCCCUCUCCGCUAAAAAUGUCCCCGCGGAGAGGCUCGCGUCGCCCGGGCGGCUUCGGUAGCAGCUUGCCGGAGCGAGCGCUCCUCGUGCUGGUGCUGCUUGUGCUCCUGCAGGGUUCCGUGCUGCCCCUCGGAGCUUCCAGCUCCCCGGACGUGGGCCACCGGGACGAGUCGGACGUCCACUGCGUGAAGGAGGAGAAGCGCAACUUCACCAAGAAACCCUUCCCGGUGCUCAGCUUCGAGUACAAACAUAUCCAAACUCCCUUCGAGAUCUCCUUAUGGGUCCUGCUGGCUUCGUUGAUGAAAUUAGGUUUUCACCUCAUUCCUCGCCUCCCUGGGAUCGUGCCGGAAAGCUGCCUGCUAAUCCUGGUUGGCCUGUUGGUGGGGGGACUUAUCAAACUGGCCGGCCAGAAGGUGCCGCCAGUGCUGGACACAAACUUGUUCUUCUUCUGCCUCCUCCCGCCCAUCAUCCUGGAUGCCGGCUACUUCCUGCCCAUUCGCCCCUUCAUGGAGAACCUGGGGACCAUCUUGAUGUUUGCCGUGGUGGGCACGCUAUGGAACGCCUUCUUUAUCGGCGGUCUGCUCUACGCCGUGUGCCAGAUCCAGCCCAACAAUCCGUCGGACCUGCACUCGCUGGAGCUUCUGCCCUGUCUGCUGUUUGGCUCCAUCAUAUCCGCCGUGGACCCCGUGGCUGUGCUGGCUGUCUUUGAGGAGAUACACAUCAACGAGCUGCUGCACAUCCUGGUGUUUGGCGAAUCACUGCUCAACGACGCUGUCACUGUGGUGCUGUACCACCUUUUCGAGGAGUACUCGGUCGUGGGCACAGUGACGGUGAUAGACGGGGUGCUGGGCGUCAUCUCAUUCUUCGUAGUGGCGCUGGGCGGCGUCCUGGUUGGUGCCGUUUAUGGCAUCCUGGCAGCAUUUACCUCACGCUUCACCUCACACACGCGGGUCAUCGAGCCGCUCUUUGUCUUCGUGUACAGCUACAUGGCUUACCUGUCAGCCGAGAUGUUCCACCUGUCAGGCAUCAUGGCGUUGAUCGCCUGCGGGGCUGUGAUGCGGCCGUAUGUGGAGGCCAACAUCUCCCACAAGUCGCACACUACCAUCAAGUACUUCCUGAAGAUGUGGAGCAGCGUGAGUGAGACACUCAUCUUUAUCUUCCUCGGCGUGGCCACUGUGGACGGCCAGCACAAUUGGAACUGGACUUUCGUCACUGUCACUGUGGUGCUGUGCCUGGUAGCGCGGGUCAUAGGUGUCGUGGGGCUGACGUACAUCAUCAACAAGUUCCGCAUCGUCAAGCUGACCACCAAAGACCAGUUCAUUGUGGCCUACGGAGGUCUGCGCGGGGCCAUCGCCUUCUCCCUGGGCUUCCUGCUGGAUGAGAAACACUUCCCUUUGAGGAACAUGUUCCUCACUGCCAUCAUCAUCGUCAUUUUCUUCACCGUCUUCGUGCAGGGCAUGACCAUCAAGCCUCUGGUGGACCUGCUGGCGGUGAAGAAGAAACAGGAGGCCAAGCGCUCCAUCAAUGAGGAGAUCCACACUCAGUUCCUUGACCACCUUCUGACCGGCAUUGAGGACAUCUGUGGACAUUAUGGACAUCAUCACUGGAAGGACAAGCUCAACCGCUUCAACAAGAAGUACGUGAAGAAGUGCCUGAUUGCAGGCGAGCGCUCCAAGGAGCCCCAGCUCAUCGCUUUCUACCACAAGCUAGAAAUGAAACAUGCCAUCGAGUUGGUGGAGAGUGGAGGGGGUGUCAAACUGCCCUCUGCCAUGCCCUCAACAGUCUCCAUGCAAAACAUCCAGCCCAAGAAGCCGCCGCCCCCCAAGCCGCAGGAGCGUGCUUUACCUCAGCUAUCCAAAAGCCGGGAGGAGGAGAUCCGCAAGAUCCUCCGGAGCAACCUCCAGAAGACGCGGCAAAGGCUCCGCUCCUACAACCGGCACACCCUGUUGGUUGAUCCUGACGAAUACAACUUGAAUGAAUACAUCCUCAAGAAACAGAAGAUGAUGGCACUGGAUAAGAAGAUCAAAGACAUGAAUAACUACCUGACUGUACCCGCCGCUCCCCCCGACUCGCCGACACUGUGCAGAGCCAGACUGGCCUCAGGCAGAGAAAAUGAUUACAAACCCGCUCGGCAGCAGAAAGCGGACACUGUCGGUCCAGACCCCCAAGCCUACAGCUUGAAGCCGGCGUUGGACAGCGUUCCAACCAUCCAGGUGGACCUGGCCUCCCCCCAGUCACCUGACUCGGUCAACAUCUUGGACGAGUUCCAGCAAGCUGGCCAGUCCGAGCAGGGCGAGGAGGACGGCGGUCUGAUGAUGAAGCCUCCCCCCGGGCCCAACGAGCACCACAAGGCGGCUGAGACUGACGCCAGCACCAGAGAGAAGCUGAUGAGGUGCCUGAGUGACCCCGGCCCCCACCCAGAUGAUGAAGACGAACCCUUCCUGCCUUAAAAAAAAGUUGUCACGUGGAGGAAGGUGCGUGCGUCAGUGCUCAAGAUGAAUAGCCAAAAACUGUGAGCUGAAAAAAAAAAAAGAGCAAAUCGUCGUCAUUUUGUCGUCAUCACUCUUUAUUUUUCAGAGUCACAGUUAGCAGACAUUCAGGAAUGAACUAUGCAUUACCAAAGGGACUGUUUGUAGUUCUUUUACAACUCGUAGUUCUUUAGUAUCAGCUGCUCCCAAAUCCCGUGGAAUCGCACUCAUUCUGUCGCUUGAAAUCACACAGAGUCGAGGAGCUCUCGCCGCAUAUUUUUACCUUAUUUUUUGUCACUUUCUGCAGUUUCGAUCACCAAAGUAUUUCAGAUGGUAUUUAGGAGUAUUAUGGUCACACUUGAAGGAAAGUAAUAUAUAUAUGACGAGACUCAAGGAGCAAUCUUGAAAAUUAUAAGUACCAAAAAAGAUUUGUUAUGAGACUCGUUUUUUUGUUUCGGAGGGAUAGCAAGCUGGUGAGAACAGUAAAAUUUUUGUCAAGAAUCCUUUUUUUUUUUUUUUUUUUUUUUUAAAUAAACCAUUGUUCAGAAUCGCGCAAAGCAUGUUAAAAUGUUUCCAGACUUAACAUUCUACUUUAAUCACACAAUGACUGAAUAUUUUUUUCCCCUCGGAAAAAGUAAUAUUCUUUAUAGUUUGACUUUUUUUGCAAUAAAAAGUAUUUUUAUCAAAUAAUGUUACGGAAUUAGUGAGCGCCAGGUUUUCAUUUAUUGAACACCCCCUGCUGAGAAUUUGGAAAUUUGUGUAUAUUUGCUUGUAGACGCCAUAAGAUGGCAGCAAACCAUCGUAAAGCACCAACACCAUGCAUCCAGUAUGUACUGUACACAAUCAUGUACCCUUAUUACAUAAAUAUCCAUAGUUAGAUUCACACAAACCACCUUCACAUGAGGCUCAUUAUUAGUAUUACUUAGCAUACUCUGUUAAAUAACAUGCUAGCACAAACUGAGACAACAUCACACACGGGAAACGGACGCACUUUACAGAAAUACUGUAAAACUUUUUUCUGUAUGUACAUCAGAAUCAUGUUUAUUGUCAAGUAUGUCAAAAACUACAAUAAAAGUUAAGGACUACACACGGCAAAGUAGACCACAAGGGAUAUUGGUAGUAGGUACAUCAGAUGAGAAGCAAAAACAUAUGUUGACUUUUGAUGGGGCACGAGCUGCAUUCAAGAACCGCCAACAAAAUAAGAACAUCAGAUGCAAACGAAAAGGCAAAAAAGGGAAUAGAUGAGAUUUUCAACAAAUAAUGGAAGAUGCCCCCCCCCCUCCAAAAAAAAAAAAAAUCUCAGAAGGUACAAAUUUCUACAGGGUUCCAUGGCAUCUAAAAAAAAAAAAGUAUUGGGGUAAAAGUGUGCCUUUUUUCUCAAAAAGUAUUUUUUUCAAGCAUUUAUACAUUUAUACCCAGAAAGAAAUACAUCACAAAAAUAAGUUUAACACAUUAUUUUUGUCAGUCAAAUGAGUUAUUUUUUUUAAUCUUGAAAGAUAAUGCCAGUUCAUCAAAUAUUUUAUUUUAUCCUUUCUUCAAUGUGGCCCUGAUACUCCUUCACAAGUUUAUCAUCCACGAUGGGAUGCUUUUUAAAGCUAACCGCUUUUUAAUUGAACAUUUUUUUAUUAUUGCUACCAUUUCAGCAGGACGUCACAUUGGAAAAACUCUUCUUUCCGAAUUUUACAAAGGGAAAAAAACAACAAAUGUUCUGUCAUCCAUUUGCUCGCUUUUUUUAAUUUCCAUUUUUUAAUGCCCCUUCUGACGUUAAAUAUGUGCAUUUAAUGUUGGAAGUAUGUCCCUUUAAAAGUGACCGGCAAACCCAAUCAAUGAUCGCUCGCUGUCUUAAAAAUGGACACGCACAUUUUCUUUCGUCAUCACUGUGCAAUGGGAUGAUGACUUCAAUGCGAAUCCAUAUUUUGAAAAGGGUCUGCAUGGCUAAACCAUUUAUACAGUUCUAUGCAGCUUAAAGGGGUAAAAGUGUGUUAAAAAAAAAAAAAAAAGUAUUCUAUUUAUGAACCCUUUUAAGAUGCAAAAUGUUGAGAUGACCUGAUGUAAAAUGUGGGCAUUAAUGAUUCCAUAUUUUUAUUGACAUAGGAAGUCUCUUUGCACAUGGUCGUUAUACCAAGGAGUAUUUAGGGCUACACUGAAAAGUUCUGGAGGGGGGGUGGGUACCACCAUUAUAUAUUGUCUAUUUUUUAUGAGUAAAAACUUAUUUUUUAAAAAAACCUUAUAAUGUUAAAGUUAACUUUAUUCUUGCAGUUAUAACAUCAUUCUUUCUAUAUUACAGCUUCUUUCUCUAUGUAUUAUUAUAUAUUGACAUGAUUCCUGAACCCCCACCCUCCGCAAAUAAUUAUAUAUAUAUAUAUGUUUUUUUUGUAGUAUUAGGUCUUAAUUCUAUAAUAUGAAAUUAAAUUUAAUGCUUAUAAUAGUAUGAUUCUAUUCUCAGAACAGUGCGACAUUUAGAAUUCUGAACAUCAACACUUCUGUCUUACAAUAUCAAUUAUUUUUGAGUUUUUAUCCUUCAUUAUCUUGUAAAGUUAUUAUUUAAAUUUUUUUUUAAACAAACUCCAACUGUAUUCGCAACAGAUCGUGACAUUCCUGUUACACUGCAAUAUUUCCCUGGCAAAAAAACAACAACUUUUAUUCUCUAUUCAUUUAUUAUGGCUUUUCAUGUCAUUAUGAUUUAGUCUUCUUUUAUGCCGGUUUUGUUUUAUAGUACCAAAAUAUUCAGGGGGAAAAAAAACUCCUCUCCUAACAUUGCGACAAUAUAAUCACUGAAAAAACAUGAAAAUAGAAACUUUUUUGUAGUAACAUUAAAAUAGGACUCACCUAUGAACAUUAACUCCUUUCUCGAAAUAUGACUUUACUCUCAUAAUAAUAAAUUUUUUUAAAUUUUGUUUUUCUGGAAAAAAAAAUCCAUCUUUAUUCUUUGAACAUUUUUUUUUUCUCAUAACAUUACAAUUUUAUUUUUGUAACAGGAGAUUUUUCUGGACCUCGUAAUGUUCAGCGCAAAUAGUCUAUUAUCAAAAUAGUUAAGUGGUAAAAAAUAGUAAAAAUGACAUUUUGGGGGCACAAUUGAGGUAUACUGCAUUUUUUUUUAAACAUCUGCAACUUUAUUCUAUAAACAUUAUGAUUUUUUUUUUUAUUGCAACUUUUUCUUGUGCCUUUGAGUGUAAUUUCAGUGUGGCCCUAAUUCCCGUUCACAUUGCAAAACCGCUUUCCUCCCAUCAGCCUCCCCGUCUGCGUACCGUUGCACCAAACAAGUGCCAGUUAGCGGGUAACGCCCCCCGCAUGGACGUGGAAGCGCAAAUCCUUGGCCACUCGAUAGAUUUCCAAAAUGUUUCGAUUUCACGAUGGCAAAAGGUAUAUUUUGUCAGCCGAACGCACCUUUCCAGGCCAACAUUCAACACAGAGGUAAAUGUUUGCUUCCGAAAGCUGUUCGACGUGUACAGAGAAAGAGAUUUAUUAUUAUUUUUUUCAUCUAGUUUUUAAUUUUUCAACUUUAUGGAACGUGGACUUCAUGCAGCAGCAUUUUUACCAUCGCUUUUGCCUUGUGUUUAAAAACACGUACGCACUUUUCAAUCAUUUGCCUUUUGAUUCAUUGAAUGUCCGUCGGGGCUUUAAAUGCACGUAUCAAUCUCCAAAGUACCUUUUUUUUUUUUUUUUUACGUCGCAUACAUAUCUGUCAUAAUACAUAUUUUGUUGUUGACAUCUCAUGUUUACAUUGCUCCAAAGGCUUAAUUUAAUGUUGAAAACCUCCUUGGAUUCAUUCAGGAUUCAGAAUCUUUAUUUAGUGUCUUUGUGCUGGGAAUACAAUGAAAGAUUUUAGAGUUACAAAUUCAACUGGAUCCUUGUCACGUAGUUUAAUCUUGAUGAUUACAUAAUUUUUAUUUCCGGUGGCUUUCACACUAACUCCCUUGACUAUGAUUGAAUCCAAAUCGUGUUCAAUUUACCUUUUUCUUCAAGUGUGAAAACGAAAACCAAACCCACUUGAAAAUAAAAUUAAAACGACCCCCUUAUCGUGUGUUUAAAAUAUUUUUUUCUUAAUUUGCCUUAGCUUUGUAAUUUCUUGAAGUAAAAUUGCUACUUUAUCAUCAUGACAUUUUCUUUUUUUCAGUUUCUGGUGUGCAUUUUUGUGUUAUUACCACUUCUUCUUGUAACUUUCUUUUUUCCCCUCAUUUCAGUUGAAAUGUUGACAUUUUUUCUACUAAACGCUUAUAAGAUGCAGAUGUCUUUUCUGUGGGAGUGGUGACGGAGAUUGUAGGUUGAAAUGACUUUCCCUUGAUCCAAAAUGACGUCUUAACUUUUGAAUAUUCUGACCUGAUCAUAAUGGUUUGUCGUUUUUCACAUAAUGCUGUUUAUUUUUUGCCAUUUUGCCAAAAGUCGAUGACAUCCUCAAGUUUUAAAUUGAUGGGGAAAAACAUACAGCUUUAUUCUUGGAUACAUAUAAAUUCUUUAUUAAAUUGUACAUUACAAUUUUCUCACUAGAAAGAAAAGAAUAUAAUUCUCAUUCAAUUGCCAUGUUAUUUUUGUAACUAAAACUUAAAAAAAAAAAACGAGUGGCCGGUUCAUUUUAUCAGACCAUUUGGAAAAAAGAAAGCAGAGUAUAUCAGAGUAGGUGAAAAUGUGAAAAAAUAUUUAAUAAUACUAUAGUAGCCAGUUAUGUGGUAUGACUUCACCCACCCAAAAAACUUUUUUUUUUUUUUUUUUUUUUUAAAUCUUACUUAACCUCAAGUUACCUCGCAGCGCUCCCGACGACGCAUCCGUUCUCUUUCUCGUCUUAAUUGAACGCCGCCGCCGCCACGAGCACUUUAACGGAAAGAACCUUUUAUCUCCAAACGACGGCAGUCAGAGCAAUAAAAGUCGCGUUGACAUCAUCACGUCACGACGGGUCCUAAAAACAACCGUUUUUAGCGGCAGCCUUUUCCCGCCCACUACGAAAGCUGUUCUCAACUCAUUUAUGAUACACACUGUACUUCCUACGACUAAUACUGUUUGUUUCGACGGCAUUUCCUGUGUGAAAAUUAUUAUUUUUGAUAUAUGUUAAAUGGAAAAAAAUGUACAUAUACAAAGAUGUGUAUUCAAAAUGUAUAGUUCUAAUGUAUAUGUAUAUAAAAUUAAGCGUGUACGUCUCUGAUGAUUUGUCAUUUUGCUUUCGGCAUUCCAUUCCUGUAUGAACAAUCUCUGUCAAACUAAGGACUUAAUAAAAUAUAUAC